AUGCGCUUCGCUCCGGGACUUCUCGCCCUGCCGUGCCUCGCGACUGCCGCCGCCGUCUCGACCCUUCAAGAGCCUCUGCAGACGCCGGCACUCGCUCCCAACAUCUCCGCAACCCUGUUCGCCGAGCUCGAGGAGCUUGCCCGCAUCGUUGAUAUCUCCUAUUGCGUCGGCCUCACCGGCUUGGGCAUCGCGAAGCCUUUCACCUGCGCCAGCCGCUGCAAUGAGUUUCCCGACUUCGAGUUGGUGAAAGCUUGGAACACCGGCCCUCUCCUGUCCGACUCCUGUGGCUAUGUCGCCUUGUCACGCCCGCCUUCUGCACCGCGCAUCAUCCUGGCGUUUCGCGGAACCUAUUCCCUCACCAACACCAUUGUGGACCUGUCGACCGUCCCUCAGGAGUACAUACCGUAUCCUGGAAGUGAUGACGGAGACGACGAUGACGACGCGCCGGACGCGAAGCCUAUCAAGUGCACCAACUGCACUGUCCAUAGUGGAUUCUACCAGUCCUGGAUCAACACGCGACAAGUGAUCCUGCCACAUGUCGCCGAAGCGAUGGAAAAGCACCCAGACUACAAGUUGACCUUGGUCGGGCACUCGCUGGGUGGCGCGGUUGCAGCGUUGGCAGCGCUGGAUUUCAAGGCCCGUGGCUGGGACCCCCAUGUGACCACCUUUGGAGAACCACGGCUUGGCAACGAAGGCCUGGUCCAGUACAUCGAUGAGCGGUUCAACCUAGGGGAGAACGCCACCGUCGGAAACGAGGCGGAUAUCAGAUUCAAGCGAAUCACACAUCUGGCAGACCCCGUGCCGCUGCUGCCCCUGGAAGAAUGGGGUUACCACAUGCACGGUGGGGAGAUCUACAUCGAUAAGGCUGACCUGCCGCCGAGCGUUGCCGAUAUCCGCAUCUGCUCAGCUGAUGAAGAUCCAGAUUGCAUCGCUGGCGGCGAUCCUGCAGGGUGGAUCCCUGCCCGAUUCAAGCUCUGGCAGCUCUUCUGGGCCCAUCGUGACUACUUUUGGAGACUCGGGCUUUGUAUCCCCGGAGGCGAUCCCUGGGAUUGGAAGGGCAGGUACCCACCACCCAGUGGAGACUUGCCGGGCGAUGACGAGCUGUAA